UAAAUUUCAAAUACUCAACACUGAUUGGUUCAUUAAUACAUCUAUAAAAAUAAUAUUCGAUAUUCAUGUAUUGAAAUAGCCUACCCCAAAAAGUUUUAAAAAUUUAAAAUAUUACUAUUGGAUGAAUGAAGCUUGAUAUUUAAUGAUGAAUUUCGUUGUUCUUUGAAUGAUCUAUAAUUUCGUUUCAACAAGAUAUCAUCAUUUUCAAGUUUCUAUUCAUAAAACAUUAAAACACUGUGAUAAAGAAAUGACACCAAAUGAUCAAACUAAUGGUGGACGCAAAACAGUUGAUAUUUGUGAUUUAGUACUUGACUAUGUAACACAAUUUCCAUUUGCUAAAGAUGUAAAAUCACGUAUUAAUUUAGAUGAUAUUCACUCAUCUGAUAUUGAUUUUACACGUUUAUUUGUUACUCAUAAAAAAACAGAAUACCUCUUACCAAAUAUAGUCAAUGGUGAUACCAAACAAAGUAUUGCAGUGCCACCAAAGACUUUACCGCCAACUCUCAAAAAAGAUCUUAAAAGCCAUGUUCUAUUCUCAUCUAUAUUUACAAACAAAACGAGUGAAACACAGACAAAUCAUUUAAGAACUGAACGUCGAACAAGUUCAUCUUGUCGACUGAGUUUACAAAAGGUUGUUACAAAGGGUGGAAGUAUAAAUUUGCAAAUAGGACCACCAAGUAUGUCUGUGCAAGCUAACGGGGGUUUUCGACGCGAAAUAACAAUGUCUAAGGAUAUAGAAGAAGUAUUUGAAGAAGAAUUAACCUGGACAUUAGAUACAGAACAUAUAAACGAAUCUAUACUCACUGAAUAUUCGAACAAACCUAUGCAUAACAAUUUUUAGCUAAACUCAACUGAAAAAGCUCGAACGUCAACACACCGGCCGUCAAUCUACUAAUCUUGAUUUCAGUGACUGCCAACUCCAUCCUCAACCAACUGGUAUUAUUUUGUCAUAUUUAUUGUCUAUUAUAUCAAAUAUCAACAUUUCCUAUCAAACGCAAAAAAUAGAACGUGGAAAAUAGUAUAAAGUUCAAAGUAAAAAAAGCCAGACUCCGGCUAAUGCAGCCAUAAUCAAUAUAUCUGGAUGACCUAGAAACUAUGACUAAAACAAGCUAAGAUAUUUACCUCAAAAACAUGAUUACACAGUCUACAAUGAAUCACAACUAUUUCAUCUGUCGUAAGUGUUCAAUUACUCUAAGCUGAGAUACCGAGCAGAUAUGUACAAUUACAUAACACUCAUCGGCUCCUUAUUAUUAUAAUUAUCGAAAUGAAUUUUACAAUAAUCUCAGUAUUAAAAUUCUAAUGCAAACAUUUAUGCAUUGUAGUGUUAUUGAAUUAAUGAUGAAAAAUGAUCGAUUCUCUAUCUACAGUUUGGUAAUGAAGCUAAAUAAUAAAUAAAUUUCCC